UUUCUUAAAUAUUUUUAUGGCUCCGGAGUCAAAAGUUCCUGGAGCAAGUAGGAAGAAGAAAGCGAGUGACGAGGGAAACGUUUAAACCAUAUAUGUUUUGUUGUUUCUAGCUCCAUUCUAUAGCAAUGGCCACGUCUGUUCUUAGUCCUCCUUUCUUUCAUCCUCUGCAUCAACUUCAAUUCUCGAAAUGCCCCCGCCUUUCUUCUAAAUCCCACUUUCGCCCUCGCCUCCUCCGCUCCAUAUCCCAAAGAACCAUUCGCGCUAUCUCCGCAGUUGCCGCAGAAUCAGUAAACCUCACCCUUUCCCUCUUUCCUUUUCCUCCAAUCAUAUUCGAGUUAGGUACACAGCAGGAUCAUGCAAUUGAAGCAGACAUCUUUGCUUGCCCUGUAUGUUAUGAACCAUUGAUAAGAAAAGGUCCUUCUGGCCUUAACUUACCUGCAAUCUACAGGUCUGGUUUCAUGUGUAAGAGAUGUAAGAAGACAUAUUCUAGCAAAGAUAGGUAUCUGGAUCUGACUGUAACUGCUGGAUUGAGAGACUACACUGAAAUUCAACCUGCUCGGACUGAGCUUUUCAGAAGUCCCCUGGUUUCAUUCUUGUAUGAAAGAGGUUGGCGUCAGAAUUUCAGGCAAAGUGGCUUUCCUGGUCCUGAUGAAGAGUUCAAAAUGGCUCAAGAGUACUUUGAAUCUGCUGAAGGUGGACUUCUUGUUGAUGUUAGCUGUGGUAGUGGUUUAUUUUCCCGAAAAUUCGCCAAAUCUGGAACAUAUUCGGGAGUCAUAGCACUAGAUUUUUCUGAGAAUAUGCUUCGUCAAUGUUAUGAUUUCAUUGAGAAAGAUGACACACUUUCAACAAAUAAUAUUGCUCUUGUAAGGGCAGAUGUUUCUAGACUUCCCUUCUCAUCAGGUUCGGUUGAUGCUGUUCAUGCUGGUGCAGCUUUGCAUUGCUGGCCAUCUCCCUCCAAUGCUGUUGCUGAAAUCACCCGGACACUAAAAAAUGGUGGAGUAUUUGUUGGGAGCACUUUUCUGCGUUAUAGUUCAAAAACUCCCUGGUUUUUACGCCCUUUCAGGGAGAGGACUCCACAAGGCUAUGGCUAUCUAACAGAGGAAGAGAUCAAAGACCUUUGCACCUCAUGUGGUCUUACCAAUUACUCAAGCAAAAUUCAGCAGGCUUUUAUUAUGUUCACAGCUCAGAAGCCAUAAAACUGGGUUUGAUCUAUUUAUAACAUUGAUUCUCCACUGCAUUUUAUCAAUUCCUUCUGUAUGUAUGUAUUGUAUCACUUGUUUCAUCUGUAAAGAAGAAAUUGUAAAUAAAUGAGAAAUGAAAAGGUCAAAACCAGAGUCCGGUGAGUUCGCAGGUUGUAAAAUGCAUCGUGUAUCAGUGCCUAAUAAUAUAUCCAAAUUCUGACAAUUUUUGUAAAGAAUAUAUAUUUUGUUGGCUUAAAUAUAUUUUUGGUUCUAGUAA